CCCUGCUCCCCUCGCGCCGCGCCGCGUCUCCUGCUCUGGUCACCCGCGCUGAUUAAUUAAUCAUGAUGGGGCUGCUGCUGUGCCUGCAUUUAUCUGGGGCGGACGGGGCCACCGGCUCCAGCCGCAGCACUGUGGGGUGAAGCGAGCGCUCGCCUGCGCCCUCCUGCAUCUGCUCCAGCUCCCAGCCCGGCAUACCCUGACGCCGAGGAAGCGUCGCUCUCUAUGGCUCCGGAGGAGAUGCUUCAGAAAGUUGUUUGCUCGCCCCCAGUUCUGUCAACCAGCUCCUCAAGUGGAGAAUCACGUAUUAUUGAACUAAUUUUUUGAACUAAUUAUUCUCCACAUGGCCUUCCUCCUGGUGUCAGCUUAUCUUUUGCUGACUCACACUCAGGGUGCUCUUGUUCAGAAUGAGGCACUGCUGGAGACGCUGAAGUCGCAAGUAGGAUUUUUCAGUAAUAAAAGUGAACACUAUUCUGCACAGGUGAGACCUCCUGGCACAAACCGACGAAUACCUCAGACGAUCAUUAUAGGAGUUCGCAAAGGAGGGACCAGAGCCUUAUUGGAAAUGUUGGAUAUUCAUCCUAAUAUUGUGGUAGCAACUACAGAAGUCCACUUCUUUGACUGGGAUGAAAAUUAUGUUAAAGGAAUAGACUGGUAUAGGCGUCUGAUGCCAUUUUCUUAUGAAAAUCAAAUUACUAUUGAGAAAACACCAGGCUAUUUUACCUCACCACAGGCUCCAGAAAGAAUUCAUGACAUGAAUAGCUCUAUUAAACUGCUGCUCAUUCUAAGAGACCCCACUGAGAGAGUAAUAUCUGAUUAUACCCAAGUAUAUUACAACAGACUAGAAAGUCACAAGCGUGUUCAGCCCUUUGAAGAAAUUGUUAUUAAAAAUGGAGCACUUAAUACCAAAUACAAAGCUAUUCAGAGAAGUCUCUAUGAUCUCCAUAUGGAAAAGUGGCUUAAGCAUUUCAACUUAGAUCAGAUUCACAUAGUGGAUGGCAAUACUUUAAUCAAAGACCCUCUUCCUGAGUUACAAAAAGUGGAAACAUUUCUUAAUCUUCCUUCCAGAAUUAUGUCUUCAAAUUUUUAUUUUAACCAAACCAAGGGGUUCUAUUGCAUUAGAAGUGAUGGAAGAGAGAGAUGUUUACAUGAGUCCAAAGGGCGUCCCCACCCUGUUGUCAACAUCACUGUUUUAGAGCAACUUUACUCCUACUUCAGAGAGCACAAUGCAAAAUUUUACAGAAUGGUUAAUCAUUCGUUUGACUGGCAUUAAUAAUACAGUUGAAAUAAAUGUUUCUUAAAAUGUCCUGAAAUAAACUAUUUUCAAAGUUACCUUUGUAAGCAAUCUGAGGUAGCUCAGACUGAAAACUUCAGAAGUUGUUGUUAUAUUGAAAACAAAGCCUUCAUUGGGGAUAGUUAUCCAUUAGCAGUACCCUUUAAACAUUGGAGAAAUAAGUUUGCUAUAUUUAUGUAUAACUAACUACUGUGGGCCAGAAUUUGAUUUCAGUUUCACUGCUCCAAAUCCAUUAAUUUCAGUGGAGAAACUUGAGAUUUACACCUGUAUGACUGAGAUCAGAAUUGUAAAAGCAGCAAAGAGUCCUGUGGCACCUUAUAGACUAACAGACGUUUUGGAGCAUGAGCUUUCGUGGGUGAAUACCCACUCAUGCUGCAAAACGUCUGUUAGUCUAUAAGGUGCCACAGGACUCUUUGCUGCUUUUACAGAUCCAGACUAACAUGGCUACCCCUCUGAUACUUGAGAUCAGAGUUAAGUCUCUUUGGAAAAAUGAGACUGCUUUAAGCAGUGUACAAAAUGUAGAUAGCUUAAAUGGUAUCAUUCUAACUGUUCUGUAAUGUUUGUUCGUAGUAUUUUUUUUAUGUCAUGCGCUAUGAUAAUGACAUUGAUUUCUAGAACUUUCAUACAGUAGAAUAAUGACAUAUGUUAAUACAGAGGAUUUCAAACAUGCUUCCUUUAAACAAUUCAAAAUUUGUGAAAGUAGCUAUUAUUGUAAAGUACUUCCUACUUAAAUAACUAACAUAUGAUAAAGGGGCUCCAGUCCAACUAUGGUUUUGAAUACCUACCAGCUUGCUCUGUGAUGAGGCUCCUUCUAUAUAGAAUGUUAGUACUAAACAACACACUUAUUACUUGGUGCAAAAUCUUCAAACUGGUGGAGAAAAUUAACUAUUUGGAGAAACUUAAAAUGUUGGGGUUCAGGAGGCAAACCGACAAGGAUCCAAAACACCCUUGGUUUACAUAGCAAAAUUGAUCUGCUUAAUAAAAAGUAAAUCUGUAAACAAAGUCAUUAGAUGUCAGCAAUUGUACAAAUGUUUAUUUAAUUACAUAAAUUGUCACUUUCCUCUUGAAUGGAAAACAAUUUUUCAUCAAUACUACCUUAUUGUUUGUAUUUCUGUGACUAAUUGUUCUAUUGCUCUCUUAGAUUUAGUUCACGUAUCUAAGUUGACACAUUGUUUACUGAAAAAAAAUUAAUUGCCUGCUCUCCAAAGCAUGGAAUAACUUUUUUUUUUUUGUAAUUUCUAUUUGCAAAUCAUGAGAUGUACUCAGAGUUUAAAGAAAUUUCAUGUAACAUGUAUAUAAUAUUGUAUAUCAGUCACAAGUUAUCAGAUUCAGGAUAUCAAGUAUGAUUUACUCAGAUUUUCUAUAAA